AUGGGGCUGCCGCGUUCCUCUGGUCACUUGGUCAUCCUUACCAUCGUGGACAGAUUCUCUAAGGCUGACCAUUUUGUUCCCUUGCCUAAAGUCCCUUCUGCCUUUGAGACUGCUCUCUUACUUGUUGAUGACGGCCUCAGACCAACUGCACCGCAGCAGCAGGAUUUGGCGCCAGACCAAGGUGGCGAUGCUUCAGACUACAACACAAGCUUGCUGUACGGCAGAUUGGAGGAGAUCUCCCACUCCUCUAUACACCGUGGGACAAAAGAAAAUGGAGAAAAAAGGACUCGCAAGCCGAACUGGACUGAGGAGCAAGGUUUGUUGCUGGCCCAGUUGGUGAACGAACAUAAAGGCGACGAUUGUGAGAAAAGGUGGUAUGUGCUGCAGUCCAAGGCAAAAGAUGAGAUUGCAGCACACAAGCGGGAAUCCUCACUCACAGGGGGUGGACCACCUGCAAAGCGGCUGUCCCAGGUGGCCGACACUGUCUUUCAAGUCCUGGGAGACUCUGAGGUCAGUGUCACCGGGCUGCCAACAGGCAUUGACACAUCAAUGAUGCAGGCCCUUGAAGUGCAGCAAAGCAUGGAGCCAUCACAAGAACCGGGCCCAUCAAGUUUGCCGAUGAGAUUGCCGCCUGAACCAUCUGCAGCUGCUACUCAGGAUAGCCCGGCGGAUCAAACACCAUUCCCAUCCGCAGCACCUGCUCUGUCAGCAUCCCUGCAGGAGAGCAGAUUGCAACUCACAAUUGAUGUGUUUGAACAACAAAAAAAAAGUCCUUUCCCUUCAGGAGGAGUACUACCGCCUUAAAAUUGAACACCUAAAAAAUAAACCAUUUACAGAUUGUG